GAGAUGCAGGAUAAAAUCAUGAGCGUUGAUAACUCUGCAAUACAGGAUUUUCUAAUUGCAAAGAGAUCCUUGGAGUCCAUGUGUACCUAUGCUGGUUGUCAGCCUCGCUCCUCUCACCGUGGAGGGGCUGCCUGCUCCGUGGUGAUAGCCAGGGCACUGUAGCUUGCCCACUCCCUCGAGUGCUUCCUUUAAUCUGCCCUCAGUUCUCCUCUGUCCCGGGAGCCCGCCAGUCCCCCCAACCAGGAUCCCCCACUCCCACUAGUAUCCCGGAGCUUGUCCUGGCCCCCACCUGAACUGGUUCAGCCAAGACACGUGUGUCGCACCCCACACAGGUGCGGGAUGGCACCCCCAUACCUGGCCACCCAUGGCCUGGGCGGAGCCACAACACUAACACUGUAACACCGUAACCUCCUGGGUGUAGGGUGGGACGACCCCACCACCAUGGGCUCAGCCCUUGCACAGCCUGCACCAGCCGCCCUACAUCACGGCACCCAUCAGUCCCUCCCUCACUUCCCCCUCUUCCUGCCCCAAGGUGCUGUGGCAGCGCUGGGCUAUACCAUUGGUAGGGGAAGGGCGGGGAGAUACAUUGCUCUGUUUCAGUCCUUGCACGUUUUCCACCCUGCCGGCUGUCAUGAACAAUCCAGGGGCUAUGGGAGGUCGCUGCUAUCUAGGUUUCCCUCUCCCAACCCCUUCCUCUGGUGAGGUUUGGUAUCAUCCAGGCAGCCAUGCUGAGUAGGAGGGGGGCACAGGUGAGUUGGAGCUUGAGGCCUCCCCCACUCUGUUUCUGGUGUGAUCGCAUCCCAGCCACUGCCGAGCGAAAGACACAGGCGCCACCAUGCAGGUAACGAACCGGGGGACCUUCAGCGCCCGCAUCCCAGGGGGAAGGCGAGAGACAUGGGGGGCCUCCCCAUGUGCCACGUCCUGAUGCGAAGUGGGGUGGGGUUGGUCUGUCACACCUUGUGGUGGCCACUGCCCCUUAGGCAGGGCUGUGCUGGGUUGGGCUGCGGCAGCCACUUGCUCCUCUCAGCUGGCCAGUGAGCGGUGAAAUCCUGUCCUCUGCUGGGGCUGCUCUGGCUCCUCCCACCAGAACAUUAAGUCUGGAACCUGCUGACUAUGGCGUGAGCUGCUGAUUCAGCCCCAUGUGUGAACGGGGCAUUUGCAAUGUGAAGAUUUGCUGCUAUUUUGACGUCAUGAGCUACCUGCCCCGUCCUAGGCCCGACGGAGGGUUCUAAUGCUGUUGCUGCCUGUUGCAUACAAACGCAGAUGCAAAGUUCCCAUGUGCCUGGUGCUGGCCGAUAAAGGGGCAUUUGAGCCUUCUAGUGAAGGAGGGUUUGCUUUGCUCAGUGGUUUCUGAUACCACCCUAGGCACAAACCACUGUAGCUCUAGCUACCUUAGGAAAUGAUGUGUGGAUGUGUUCCGGGGUGUGGUUAUAACAACGUGGCUGUGCCUUGUCUCAGUGUAAUUUACAGUGAUAUUAGUGGGACCUACCAAUGCAGAGUCUUUUGCAGGAGUGGGACCUGAAAUGGUAGCAAAUACACAUGUUCAUUUUACCAGGGUUGAGAAGGCCUCUAUAUGUACUGCAAAUUGAAACUCCCAUAGCUACACCCUUGCUCAGCGUUGCCUAUCAUGCAUAAGUACAAAGUAGUGUAUUGGAGAGGGGUUAUGGUUUAUUGGCUAAGUAUUGGUACUAGAAGACAGCAUUCCCAGAUUCUGUUUCUAGUUCUUGGACAAAUCACUUACCUCUUCUGUGAGACAAGGUGACUCAGGUAAUAUCUUUUUUUUUAUUGGACCAACUUCUGUGGGACAGCGAGCACCACCCAGAGCUCUUCUUCAAAAAAUACCUCAUCAGUAGCUUGCAAAUCUGCAGGCAAUGAUGUAGGCUGAAUUUUUAUUUUAAAAAAAUUGCUCAACACUUCUUAACUAGACAGAACUUUUUAGUAUCAUUCAAUGCCUAACAUUGCAGAAGGUGAAAGGGAGAAUGGUUCUGGACAUAAAGAAAACAGACCUGAAAAAAAAUCUCCAGAAGCUACUCUUCAUGAUGAUGUAAAGCCAUAUUACACUUCAGAUGCAUCUGCUGCGUCACUGGGUCCUACUGGAGAUGGACAUUAUCCAUGGGGAUGUCCUGUGACUCACACCCGAGAAAAAAUUUAUACCAUCUGCUCAGACUAUGCUUUUUUAAAUCAGGUAACGUCUGUUCAUAAAAGUCCAAGUGCUACAGUUAAUGCCUGCCUACCAGAUAGUGCUGCCUUAAAUGUUGGAAAUAAUACACCUAACUUCAUUGACAUUCAAAGUGGAGCUUCAGAGAUAAUCUACAGUGAAGACACUAACUUGGAAAAUUUAUCUAGUAGUCUUGGAAAGCUUCCACUGGCAUGGGAAAUUGACAAAUCAGAGUUCAAUGGAGUGACCCCAAAUCUGAAAAACAGAGCAGGCAACAUGAAGAAACAAGUAACAAAGAAAAAAUCUUUGGACAAAAAAAGCAAACAAUACAGAGAGUGUUCUCAACAUUCCACCGCUGAAGAAAUAAAGCAGCGGAAAGUGCUCGACCUCAGGAGAUGGUACUGUAUUAGCCGACCCCAAUACAAGACUUCCUGUGGAAUUUCCUCUCUAGUAUCUUGCUGGAAUUACUUGUAUAGCACACUGGGAACUGGAAACCUACCACCUAUUACUCAAGAAGAAGCCUUGCAUAUUUUGGGCUUUCAACCCCCAUUUGAGGAAAUUAGGUUUGGUCCCUUUACAGGAAAUACAACUUUAAUGAGAUGGUUUAGACAAAUUAAUGAUCAUUUCCAUGUAAAGGGAUGUUCAUAUGUUCUAUAUAAACCUCAUGGGAAGAACAAGACAGCUGGAGAAACUGCUGCAGGGGCCUUGGUAAAGUUAACACAAGGACUGAAAGAUGAGUCGAUGGCCUAUAUCUAUCAUUGCCAAAAUCAUUAUUUUUGUCCAAUUGGAUUUGAAGCUACCCCUGUAAAAGCUAGUAAAGCAUACAGCAGAGGUCACCUCUUGCAACAAGAAGUGGAAUAUUGGAUCUUAAUUGGAGAACCAAGUAGAAAACACCCUACCAUUCACUGUAAAAAGUGGAUAGAUAUUGUUACAGACCUGAACACUCAAAAUCCAGAAUACUUGGAUAUUCGGCACCUGGAGAGGGGUCUGCAGUACAGAAAAACAAAGAAGGAGGAAAUCUGCACUGUAUCAUUUCUUUUCAGAGACUUAACUGGCAAAGGUUUGGUCCUUGGAACUUCCCAUUUGGAAACAUUAGACAAGAUAUGCAACCACAAACACAAGGAAUUGCGAAAUCUGAAAGCGAAGACAAUAUCACCAAGAAACAGCAUGGACAUCUGGGUAGAUCUUUCAGUGCUGGUUUUCAUCAAGAGUCCAUGUGGAAGAAAAUGUGUAAUCUUCAUGAGAGGAGGAACAGUGGCUAUCAGAGUUAUACUGAUUAUGAUGGGAAUGAUAGAAAUUAACUUAGUACAGUACAGCUAAUGUACUAAAGUUUUGCUAAGACAUGGUAGGAGUUUAUUAAGCCUAGAGUAGGUAUGACUAGACAUGGUAUAAAAGGCAAUCUCAUAGUUAUUUAAAUACAUAUUUCUGUGUAUGGUUGUGAUGGGUGAGAUUGGACGUGAAAACUAACAAAUAAGCACAGAUCAUUGUACUUUGUAAUCAGAAUAAAUAUAAUAAGUAAACUGUCACUUCAAAUAAUUGAACUGCAUUUGGGACUGUGGAAAAAACAAAAACAAAUUGUGGUUAAAGCCAUUUAUAUAAACAAACAGUAUUGAAAAGUAUUCAAAGCAUGAAACUUUAUAUCUUAUUACUUUCCAAAUGAUUGUCCUGCAUACUAUAAAAGGAUAAAAAUGUAGACAUUUCCUUCCUUUCUAACAUUUUAUUUUUAUUUUAAAUGCAAUAGGGCUGCCACUGUCAAUUAGAAAUAUUGUAAUACAAAAAACUUGUCAAACAUACUGAGUGGGUGGUCUCAGUGUAAUUCCCAGUGGACUAGUGUCCAUGUCCCUUAAAAUAAUUAUAUUUUGCCAAAUGGUACAAGUUAGUGCUAUUAUAUCUGAAAAGCCUGAGAUUGAUUGUACGGGGAAAAUGACAUUACUCUGGAUCAGGCUUCAGGCACAACAGUAGGGUGGGCUUGUGCUGUUACCCCUCUUCUGCCUGUUCUGUAGAUAAAACAGUGGAUUUUUACUACAGCACCUUUGUGAGCACUGAAUUUGCUUCAUUUUCCACAGGCUUCUUAAAUAAAAAUGAAGUUGAAUUUGCUGAUAACCAACCUGAACGCACUUUGGCCUGUUGGCUGUUCUUUUCCUUCAUUCUGUCUUCACAUUUCUUAGUGUUUUUACUUACUAAUUUUUCUAUGAGGGGUGACACUAUUAAGUACCAAAAAAUGCUAGCAGCCCUAACAGUAUAUCUGUCAGCAAACAAUUUAUAUUUUUUAGGUUUCCAUGUAAAGCACCUAUAUUUGGACUAAUAUAACUUUCUUUGCCCCAAAACAUUUUAGCAGUUAUAACAUUCUACAUACAAAUGAUGAGCUCAAGGAUUAAUUUUGUUGACAUGAACACUUGUCAUGUAAUGCAGGGUUUGCUGCUUUUGUUAACCAAAAAACGGGAAACUUUUAGACAAUUUUCUUCAUCCAAUAAAAUUUGUUUUCUACUUUGUCA